GUGAAUCCGCGUUGUCAUUUGCUUUCCAGUUCAAUAAAAAUCUGCUACGUUAUGAGACUUCAUUAACAUUCCUAAUCAGCAGAAAUAUAAAAAUCGCUAGAAUCAUCUUUUUCAAUCACACAGUAUAAGAAUCAAGAACCAACCCUAAUUAAAAUGGUCAAUUUCAGGACCUGAUAAUCAAUCCUCUAUCAGAGAAAUAAAAAAGAACAUGGAAAUGACCAGGCUAUUGGUCGGGUUACUGAUACUCUUCGUCGCCGCCAUAUCUGCCCGUUCCGAGUAUUUCUCCGAAACUGUGCCGCGCGUCCAGUUAACGGAGAAGGUAACCCAUCUUCAUUUCUACCUUUUCGACAUCCUGAGCGGCGAGAGACCCAGCGCGGUCGAGGUGGCGCACUCAAACGUCACCAUCGGCGACCAGUCGGCGACUCCAUUCGGCAGCGUCUACGCCGUCGACGACCCGCUCCUGGAGGGACCCGACCCGAGUUCAAAAGUGAUCGGAAACGCGCGGGGGCUGUACGUGUCGGCAAGUGAAGGGCGAGAUUUGUGCUUGGUGAUGUACAUCGAUUAUGGCUUCACCGCCGGCAAGUAUAAGGGGAGCUCGAUCAGCGUGUUUUCGAGGAAUCCGGUGACGGAGCCACGAAGGGAGGUGGCGGUUGUCGGCGGGAGAGGGAAAUUUAGGAUGGCUAGAGGAUUUGCGAAGCUGAGGACCCAUUACUUGAACGUCACUAAUGGCGAUGCCAUCAUAGAGUAUAAGGUUACUGUGUAUCAUUACUGAGAUGUGGAGAAGAAUGAUAGCUGGUUUGCUAAUAAGAUUGUCAAAUUAUUGAUGGAUA